ACUAAAAAAACAUAAAUACAAAUUAAAAAAUAGUUUAUAAAAUGAAAAUAAAUAAUUAAAAAAAAACUUGAACUGCAUAGCUUUAAGCUAAAGAUUAAGAAUUAGCCGCAAACCCUCCACGAUUCUGCUGAAACCGCCUAUUAGUGUUUACAACAUAAAAUAUACAUAGAUUAAAAUAUAUAGUAUAUAAACCACUGCCACUACAAAACAACUACCAACACACAUACUGCAAAUCAUAACGCAUACUACAGCGCUACAAUGACCGCUAAACCGCCAAAACGUGCCAAUAAAGGGGUCAAACGACGUAACGAGCGAAACAUACUGACAUUCUAUGAGAAAAUCGCCGUCAUACACUACUACGAUGAGACGAGUGUUUCACGCAAUCGCUUAGCUAAACUAUUCCACUGUUGUGCCACACAAAUUCGACGCAUACUCGAACACAAAAAUGAACUGCUGCAACAAUUGGCCACGCUCAGCGAAACGGAUGCGACCAAUUUCAUCGAAGAAAUGACACGCAAACGUCGCAAAUUCGAAAUGAGCGCCAUUAGUUUCAUACUACAUCAAUGGGUGGAGCGCUGUCGUGAAUUGCGUUUGCGUAAAACCAUAACAAAUCAGACGCUCAAGGAUACGGCGCUCAAAAUGGCCGCCAUACUGAAUUUGCCCAGCUUUCGGCCUUCGUAUCGUUGGCUAGAUCGUUUUCGCAGCAAGUACAGAUACACAGCCGAAGAUUUGGGCACAGCGGGUGCGCAUGCCGUUGAUGGUGAACUGGCGGUUGAGGACAUUAUUAUUGAGUAUAAAGAUGCUUUACCGAAUUUCAUGCAAACUGAAAUUUCGGAAAUAACCUCACUAGACAAGGCAAUGCACGCGGAGGUGGAAAAGACAAAGAUGCUGCUGCAAAAUGCUAGCAAUGAGAAUAGCGUGGAUUAUGUGGUUAGCGAUGAGGAGGAUGAGGUGGAAGAGGUGUCUGAUGAUGCCGCUCAAGUAGACGAUGACAUAGCUUUGGUGGUGAGCGAUUCGAAAGACUCCAGCGGUUGCUCUUCGAACACCCAUGCGAGAACACAAAACAUUAACCAGCCGAAUGAACUUAAUGCUGAGCAAAUCAAAAUGAAUGCCGGCACCACAGCUGUACUAGGCAGUAUAUUCCCGCAUUUGGCUGUUAUACAUCAGUUUGCGCUACUCAAUGCCGAUGUCAAGGCGCUGGAGUUGAUCUCACAACUGGGUGUGCACAUGCAGAAGCAAGCCGUCGACGGCGCAUACAAACAACUGACGCUGGCGUCAACAAACGAUGAGUGUAUCGCAGACAAUAUGCAAUCGGAUGUAGGCGGUUUUUAUGCUGCGGAUCUUGAUGAUAUCGUGCUGAUUGAAUGAGUAGUGUAUUAUCUAUAUAUGUACAUAAUAAUACUUAUAUACGUAUUAUUAGUAUGUAGUUUUGUAGUUAUUAGUUUUUAGAUGCUCUGGAGAGCAACAUCCACAUAUUGGCCUUUGAAUAUUUAAAACAUACACCGCCUUAACAUAAAACUAUAGCCAGAACUGUGAAGUCACAUAAGCUAAUGCAUAAGUC